UUAUCUGUAUUUUGCGUCUGCUCGUUGAUCAGAUAUUUUGUGAAUUAAAUAAUUUAUUAGUAUUGCAUCUCUCCAAAUUUUAUAAUAUUUUCUAAUAUGCAAAAGUGACUAUGAACUUGUGUCUUAGAAGAUCAAGUUAAUAUAUUAUUUAUUCAAAACUAUUUUUCAAUAUUGGUAAAUUUAAUGUUGUUGUGGCAUAGAAAUUAGGAUCUAUUGUCAAACUGUCAUCAAUCAUCCCUGAAGCCCUCUGGAUGGUUGUGACCUGUGAUUUGUGUUGAUCUAAAUAUUUGAUUUUUAUUAACACUUUCUAAGUGUAAAUUGAAGUUUUGUGGUAAACAUGAAGAAGUAACGCAAAGCAAUAUAAAAAAACUAUUAAUUUGAUGUUAUUAUGAUACGCCGCAUGUUUAUUUAGUGUCAACUAAUUGAGAAGUAUCGAUUUUCGUAGUGAUUGUAUAAUUUCGGCUAUUUGUUCAGACAACAAUGGACGUUGACGAUUCGGCUGUCGACCUGAGUGUGAGCAGGUCAUUGCCACCAGAAUUGAGCGAGUUAAGAGCUUUAACAGCUAGCGGGCUUACUAUAACACCUGCCCAACCCCCUCCACAUAUUGAGAGAGGUGCCAGUGGAAAACGAGUGCUUCGUCCUCGCUCAGAGACACGUAGUUACGCGGAGAGCCCUGACAUUGUGCUGUUACCAGCUGUGCCUCCACAUAGGAAGCCCACGUUAGCACCACCAACUCCGGCGCCAUUCACAGGUAACAAGUAUGUGAGCAGCAAACUGAACUCGGCGCCCGUGAACGUGUCCAUAACAGCGAGCUCUGUGCCGCCGCCUAUAGAGUCUCCGAGGGACCCGAGGGAUGAUGAGGAGUCGGAGGAGGAAAACGAACCUCCUUUACCCAUUGCAGGGCAUAGAGAAUUAUCAAGUGCCGAAAUAUGGGAACGCGAUCGUCGUCUACGCGCGUUGAGAGAGAAAUUGCGUGCCGAAGAAACCAGACUUGUGCUCUUGAGAAAGCUGAGGCAGUCGCAGCAGGCAACCAGCUUGCCACCUGUUAAGGAGUCAUCAACUGGUACAGCACUAGCAGGCAGUGGGUGUGUGGUGCCACCCGGAGUCACUGUGACCCCAGCACCGCCUCCAGCCCACCAGCAGGGCAAGCGCUCAAACAACAGCAACACAGCAAGCAGUACAAGCGCUGUUAGCAAUGUAUCCCGCAGGACAGCCAGCUUGCCGGGUGGGGCUACACUCACACCAGGGCCCUAUCGCACUCAGUCGUCAUCGAGUGGCGGUGCGAGCAUCACCCCUUCUGUUACGAUCACGCCGGCUCCGCCGCCCGCGUCGCAACUUGCAGCCACUAAGCCCACUCAGGACAACUCCUCCGUGACGAGUAGCACAAGCGAUGCAGCGAGCCGCAGCUCGGAGGACACGCAGACACCGGCGCAACGCCAGGCGGCCGCCAAGUUGGCGCUUAGAAAGCAACUCGAAAAGACACUGCUGCAGAUCCCGCCACCCAAGCCGCCGCCGCCGGAAAUGAACUUCAUCCCGUCGCCUAGCAACACAGACUUUGUGUACUUAGUGGGGCUGGAGCACGUGGUCGACUACCUCACUAAUGAAGAUCGGUUCCCGCGCUCGUCGGUGCCGGCGGUGUGCGCGCAGUGCGGCUGCGACUUCACGCCGGUGUGGCGCUGGGAGCGCGCGCCGGCGCGCCGCCAGGACGCCACGUUCGCGCCCGCGCCCGCGCCGCCCGCCGCGCGCCGCCUCUGCGAGCUCUGCGUCUCCGGGAACGUGAAGCGCGCGCUCAAGGCGGAGCACACGGCGCGGUUGAAGACGGCGUUCGUACGCGCUCUACAACAGGAGCAGGAGAUAGAGCGGCGCCUCGCCGCGCCCUCCGCGUCCCCGCCGCCCGCACCGCCCGCGCCGCCGCCGGCGCACUCGCACUCGCACUCGGCGCGCGCUUCACAGCCGUCGCUAUCCCGUCUGUCCCGUGGCUCGGGCGCUCCCACACCGCCAGCUGCGUCUGCGCCGCCCGCUAAGCCUUCACCUCAACCCAACAGCCGCAGCUCGUCGGAGUCGCUGCGCGGACACCACGGCGAGCGCGCGCGCGACGCGGACGUGCCCGCCAAGAAAGGUAAAGCUUCAUCGUCGAGCAGCAACAGCCAAGGCGGCAGCAGCAGCAGCAAGCAACACCAGCAGCUGGCAGCGGCGGCCGCGGCGCAGAUGGCGUUCGAACAGCACAGCGCUGCCGCCAUGCAGGCCUUGCAGCAUCAGCUGUUGAGAGGUCUGAGUGGCGCAGGCGGCGUGGGCGGUGUGGGCGGCGUGGGUGGCGGCGGCGGCGUGUCGCCCGCGGCCGCGGCCGCCGCCAUGAUGCAGUUCUCGCCGCUGCUCUACACCUACCAGCUCGCCAUGGCGCAGGCCAGCGCGCUCAAGCGAUCUGGCAAGGGCAACAGCAGCAGCGCGGCGAUGGCGGCGGAGAUGCAGCGCGUGGCGGACGCGCAGCGGCAGUACCUGCUCGACAUGAUACCGGGCCAGCACGCGCGCAACCCCUGGACCAAGAACUGAGCGCCACGCUACGGAUCCAUCGAAUCUUCGUUAAGCAUUUGAGUAGAAUUCGAUCUUUUAUUUUACAAUAAGCUAGAUAGUUAUCGCUUAGAUAAGCGUAGAUUAGACAUUAAGCAAUGUGUUGUGGGUGCGGGGAGAUAUAUAAGGGUUAAGCGUAGUCUACACGAGGAUAGGUUUAAUGAUUUAAAAAAAAUAUGAUAAAUAAUCAUUUUUAAUGUAUGCAAUUAAAUGUACCAGCUUUGCCGGAGAUCUUGUUCGCGUGGGAGUCUAUGAAAUGCGUUUUUUCUCGCGUAUUAUGUAAUUUUUUUCGUUUUUGCUCCACUCGUAUCGGUCGUAGCGUAAUGUUUAUAUAGCUUAUAGCCUUCAACACGCACCAAUGGUUCUCGAGAUUAGCGCGUUCAAUCAAACAAUUUCUUCAAUUAAAUAAUUGUGACCUGUGUGUUUGUCAAACUGUUAAUUUUGAGUCAAAUAGGAUUGUUUUAGGUGCACCCAUGAAUUUAUUGAUUUUCUUAUUUUCAAAGGAAAGGAAAAUAUUAAAUUAACCUUCAGUUGUAAAAAAGCAUUUAAAUUGAAUUUUAUGUUCUAUUUAUAAACUAACAUUUUUAAACACUAUCAAAAGUAAGAUUAAUUAGAUGCUUACGUGUAUUUUAUUAUUUUUAAAGAUCGCAUUGUUAAUUUUAAAUAUACGGCGUAGAUUUAUAAUUCUAAAAAAAAAAUCUGAUAAAGUAAUGCUAAUACAAAAUUAAAUGUAAUGUGAAAGGAAUGAGCUAACACUUUUAAAUAUAUUUUGUAUUAUAUAAAGCUCGUGUAGAUUUCGCUAAAGAUCGUUUGUGCUACAAACACCAUCGCUGGCACAAGUCAAAUACGUAAUUAAAGGAAAUAGAUAAGAAUGAUCACAGACAUUGACGGCGCGAAGAAUGUACUUUGUCAUUUUUUAUGUGGAUUUUAAAUAAAUAAUUACAUGC